AUGCCAGGGCUGUCAGACGACCUGUGUCUCGCCGCGAGGAUGGGUGACGUCGCCACCGUACAAGCGUGGCUCGAAGCCGGAGGCAAUCCAGACGAGCGCAUGGCCCGAUCGGACGCGACGGACACCAAUAUGCGUGGUCACGAAAUUGGGCAAACACUCCUGCACUAUGCGGUUGGCGGCCCAAAUGUGUCCGUCGCGUCGGACCCAAAUUUGCUAGCUGACUUGGAACGCCGCCGCACCAACAUCGUGCGCAUGCUACUGGCUCACGGCGCAACGGCAGACGCAGUCAAUGACGCUGGCAACAACACACCGCUCUUUAUUGCUGCCCUCUAUGGACAAGCCGAAUCAGCAGAACAACUGUGUCUCGCCGGCGCCAAUGUCAAUCACACAAGAAGCUCGGGCGAUUUCCCUCUCUGGUAUGCUACUCGUAAAAGCCCUCGCACGGUUCGUGUGCUACUCCGCUUCGGAGCUGACCCUUCGAUGACCUACAUAGAUGGAGGUAGAACGCUCACACCGGAGGAACAUGCCAACCUCCAUUCUGAGAGUUACUUCGGUUCUAUAUAUCGUGAAUCUGCUCGCAUUCUCGCGGACGCGCGGCUUCUGCGCCCGCGGCUCCGACAAAUUUUUGCCCUUCGCGCGUUGGUUCAUCGCGGCCGGGCGACGCCUACUUCCGAGACGCCGGAGGGAUUUGCGCUGCUGUUCUUCGCGCCGAAGUCUCGGCCCAGGACGCGCGCCGCCUGGCGACGGGCGCCGCCGGGCCUCCCCGACCCCCUCGCCCAUCUCGUGUGCAAGUUCUGGCUGGGAGAACCCCCGCGUCGUCGCCGCGCGGCACCCGCGACCGAGUAA